CUGAAACUGAAACAAUUCUGGUGUGUCGUUUACGGAAACAUCUUUGAGUGAAACUACCUCGUGUCCAUUAGGCUACAUGUGAAGUUGUUUAGAUGCAGUAGGCCUAGACUACGCUAACUGCGGUCUCAACCUGAUCUCACGUAUAUACUCACUUUGCGAAGAAAGGGAUUUUAUUUUGAAGAAAAUAUUCAAUAUGGAGUCAGGAGCAAAUGGACCGUGUCCAGACAUGGGACAGAAUGUCCCAGAAGAAGAGCUGAGACUGAUCCUGAUUGGAAAGGUGGGAUCUGGGAAGAGCGCCUCAGGGAACACCAUCCUGGGCCGGAUUCACUUCCUGUCUAGGUUAAGCGGAAGCUCUGUAACCAAGGUCUGCCAGCUGGGGACCAAGAGCCAUGUCUACCAUGUUGAGGAGGAGGCGGGGGGGACGAGGAGGAUGAGGAAGAAGGUGGUGGUGGUGGACAUGCCAGGUUUUGGAGACACACACCUGACCAAGGAGCAGAUCACCACGGAGGUCAGCCAAUGCUUGGCCCUGACAGCCCCCGGCCCACACGCCUUCCUCCUGGUGGUCCAGGUGGGACGCUUCACAGAGGUGGAGAACCUGGCCGUCGAUAUGAUGGCUGAUGUAUUUGGUGAAGCGGCGCUCCGCAACCACACGGUGGUGCUGUUCACCAGGGGAGAUGACCUGGAGGAGCCGAUGGAGCAGUACCUGGCCUGCGCACCUGCUAGGCUUGAGGAUUUGAUCCGCAGGUGUGGAGGCAGGUACCAUGUAUUCAACAACCGUAUAAUAGAUGUGAAUCAAGUUGAUGAGCUACUGAGUAAGGUGGAGAAGGUUAUGGUGGACAACGGUGGAAAGUUGUACACCAAAUCCAAGGAGAAGAGGGAUUUGAGGAAGGUGGUGGCGGUCACGAUGGUGGCCGCUUGUGUGCUGGGUUUAGCACUUUGGUGGUGUUUGUCCCCCCACUAACCGCUAGCGCUAAGAAAAGUGCUAUAUGCAGUCCAUUAACAUUUAACCGUGGGGGGGAUCACUAGACUGGGUAGCCCCGCCCAUUCUGCCGGCAUUCGCACUGCACAAGGGUCUGAGAAGGGCAAUACAUUUCUUUCUGCUUCCGAUACGUUUUAACGGCAGCCAAUCCCCUAGCUUGCUUCUCCCCCCCGCCGCGCUAUUGGCUGGUUUAACACAAUGACGACAUGGAAGUGGCGGCAAGCAGCCAAUUGCGUACAGAGUCAGUUGAACUAGGCCCGAUGAUCACGCAUCUUCAGCUGAAGAAAAUUACAGCAGCUUCCCCAGACCAACGUGCAAUCUACGAGUCUGGCAAUAGCCAGGCCAGGGGAUCACAUUAGCCGCAGAGGUAUUGCUAGAGAAGUUGGGGAAAUAAUCGAAUUGCCAUUAUUUUGAACAACAUUGCGAUUGAGAUUUAAUUGGCCAUUUUUUUUAAUUUAUGAAGUUCCUUAUGUCCUAUUGCACUGUUUUGUAUUAUUCACUAAAAAAGCAAUAAAUCAUUCUUUAGUAUGACCAACACAAUAUUUGAAGCAGUCAAUCUGCUCUUUCCUUUAGGCCAGGCCGAUGUGUUGAGAUGAAUUGAUGUUAUAACAUCUUUAUUUUACUAUUAAAUUGUAAAAUAUAAAUAAAUAUAAAUCUUACUGAUCUCCAGUCAGUAACUGUAACAAAGCACAAUAUAUAUAGUUGUGUAUAGAAAAUAAAGUUAUUUGGAUUAAUUUUAGACCUAACAUCAUGAGGGUUGUGGGUUUUACAGUUAAAAGUUAAUUUUGCAUAAAACUGUCUUCAUAAAUGUUUUUAUUGUCAUGAUUUAUUAACUGGAAAAUAAUAAAUGAAGGAUGUAUUGAUUUCACAGUCAUAUAAAUGACAUGCAUAUUUUAAUUCAAUCAACAAAUGAUUUCCUGUA